CCAACUCCGAGCAAAACAUCUCAGCUUAUGCUGUUUCUUUUCUUGGUACUGUACCAUGCUCUUCUCCUUCUCUCAUAAAUUUCAAGUUCCCAAACAAGAUAUGGAAAGCACCGAUUCCUCCACCGGGUCCCAGCAGCCUCAGCUGCCACCGGGCUUCCGCUUCCACCCCACCGACGAAGAACUGGUGGUCCACUACCUCAAGAAGAAGGCCGCCUCCGCCCCUCUCCCCGUCGCUAUCAUCGCCGAAGUUGAUCUGUACAAAUUCGAUCCCUGGGAACUUCCAGCUAAGGCUACGUUUGGGGAGCAAGAGUGGUAUUUUUUCAGCCCGAGGGACAGGAAGUACCCGAACGGGGCGAGGCCGAACAGGGCGGCAACGUCGGGGUACUGGAAGGCGACAGGGACCGACAAGCCGGUGCUGACGGCGGGGGGGACUCAGAAAGUUGGGGUUAAAAAAGCACUGGUUUUCUACGGCGGGAAGCCUCCUAAAGGAAUCAAAACCAAUUGGAUCAUGCACGAGUACAGGCUCGCGGAUAACAAGCCCAACUGCAAGCCUCCAGGCUGCGACAAAAAGGGUUCUUUAAGGCUUGAUGAUUGGGUGCUUUGUCGGAUUUACAAGAAGACCAACGCGCAAAGACCCAUGACUCAAGAAAGAGACGAUCAUAUAAAUGAUAUGAUUGGUUCGGUUCAGCCAACUCUGUCACUGCCGCUCGGACAACAUCAAAAGAUCCACGGAAUCAAGGCUUCCAGUUACGGGUCAUUGCUGGAAAGUGAUGAUAACUUGUACGAAGGAAUGAUGAACAACAAUGAAUCAAUGAAUUCUCAUUUAGGUUCAUCUGCAGACCCUAAUCUCCUCCAGGGCAAGAGAACGCUGCCAAAUUUGUACUGGAACGAAGAAGGGAACGCAAAUUCUCCCCCGACAAAAAGAUUUCUUGCGGAGAGUUGCGAUGGCAGCAUUGGCAGGGCGGACGAAACGACGACGAGUAGCCACCAUACCAUUCUCAGCCAGCUCCCGCAAACUCCAUCUCUGCAGCAACAAGCAAUUCUAGCGGCCGGCGCCCUCGGUGACGGGGUUUUCCGGCAACAGCCAUAUCAAGUGUCCGGCAUGAACUGGUACUCGUGAUUACUGAAAAGACCUGCCAAUUAACUGAUCUGUGGGAAAAAUUGCUGGACUUUGAGAAUUUUGUUGCUAGGGAAGAAGACAUAAAGAUUGAUCAGGUGAUGUUUAUAAUUAAUUUCCGAAUUUAUAUAUAUAUCUUUAUAAUUUUAGGAUAGGUGGGGUGGUAUAUAUUAAUUAACUGUCAAUUUUAUUUUCAGUAUUAUAAUAUAUGAUUCAUAUAUAUAUAUACACUAUAUAUUAUAUGUUUUUGGUCAUUGUAGAUUGGAAAUUAUACAAAAUCUUGUAUUGACGUUGUUGUAGCUGCUGGGCAAAUAGCUAGGGACAAGAAUCAGAUUAUAGAUUUUAUUGUUCUUCUGGGAAGCAGUAAUAAAUAGAAUUGAUGUAUGUUCUAAGAGUUAAGACAUGCAAAUAUGUGUUUAAUUAUGCUUAUUAGUGUGUGUUUUUUAAUUUCA